AUGACUGCGAUAGCUGUGAACGAUGUUUGCUUUGGAUAUAAGACACAAUCGAUUUUAAGUCAAAUUUAUGCCAAUAUUCCCGAAAGUAAAAUCUAUGGUUUAUUGGGUCCCAGCGGUGCGGGUAAAACAACUUUAUUGAGACUUAUUUUAGGCCGAAUUAAGCCUCAUAGCGGCUCUAUAACAGUGUUAGGCAGUGAACCGGGUAUUAACAAUCCGAUUACCGGAUAUAUGCCACAAGAUACGGCUCUGUGUCUAUCAUUUACAGUCAACCAAACACUCAUUUAUUUUUCAAAUAUUUAUCGCAUGUCUCAGAAAAAAUUUCAUGAAAGAAAAGGUUUAUUAUCAUCAAUACUGCAACUGCCCGGUGAUAAUCAAUUGAUAUCAGAGUUGUCAGGCGGACAACAAAAGCGUGUAUCACUGGCACUGGCAUUCUUGAACAGUCCAAGACUUGUCAUAUUAGAUGAGCCAACAGUGGGAACGGAUCCAAUUCUCGGCAAUAGUAUCUGGAAUUAUCUGCACAGUUGUUGUAGAGAAGGUGUAUCAGUAGUUAUCGUUACCCACUAUAUAGAAGAGGCAGCUUUGGCUCAUAUGGUUGGUAUUAUGAGAAAUGGUAAACUUAUGGAGGAAGGGGUGCCCAACGAUUUGCUUCUUAAAUAUAGGGAAACUAAUUUGGAAAAUAAUUUAAACUCUGGAGAAGAUAUCGACACGAGUUUGUUCCUCAAUGUGUGGAUACUAUUGAUUUUGAUUCGCAAGAAUUUCAGCAAAUUCUUACAAUUUAACGUAUCUUUUCUUAUAUUUUUAAUACCGGCCUUUCAGGCACUUAUACUUUGUGUUCUCUAUGAUAGAGACUCAAUACCAAUAAAAGCUGCCAUUUUUAAUGAGGAGCCGAACCCACAGUACAGCACACGGCUAUUGAACUCAAUAAAACAAGUGGAUGCCUAUUAUGUGCAACCAGUAAAAUAUACAUCACUGUCCUCGGCUAUUGAUGCCGUUGAUAAGGGGUAUAUGACAGCAGCCGUUUGGUUUCAUCAAAACUAUACCAAUGCUUUAGAUGCUCGGGUAGAGGGGGCUCAGGACUCUGACAUUGACAAUAAAACGCUUAGCGAAAGCUCAAUACACUUAUGGUUAGAUAACUCAAACUUUUUGUAUGCCAACGGACUCAUUGACUCAUUGAGAUUAUCAAUGUAUGAACUGAUGGGAGAUAUCUUUAUGGAUAAAAACAUGAGUCGAGUGGAGGCGCCGUUAAAAGUGGUCGAAACAAUUUACGCCGAAAACUCUAAACUAUCGGACUUUCUAUUACCCGGUUAUCUCAUUUCAUUCAUGUAUUUAUCACAGGUCUCUCUUUCAUCACAAUUACUAAUUCAAGAAAGAAAGGAUGGCUUAUUUGAGCGGUCACUUGUGGCCGGAGUGGGCCAUCAAUUGGUGUUUAUAUCGCAUUUUAUAACCAAUUGUCUCAUGUCGUUCAUUCAAAUUAUUUUAAUGCUUUUUAUAUCGUUUAUUGUCUUUCAAAUAACAAAUUAUGGAUCAAUUGAAUUAAUUCUGUUUUUAGUGAUGACACAAGCGGCCAAUGCUAUUGCCAUUGGCCUACUAAUAUCAGCGAUAGUUGACGAGGGGUUUGUGGCGGUUCUCAUAUCAAUAUUUAUAACAUUUAGCCAACUGUUCACAUCGGGUGCUAUAUUUCCAUUCGAGUUGGUUGAGCCCAACUUACGACAGAUUCUAUACUAUAGUCCUAUAGCAAUGCCAACCGAGUCAUUGAGGAAUGUUAUGCUUCGCGGUUGGAAUCUAUACCAUCAGUACGUGUUUCAUGGAUUUGCCCUCAAUGUGGGCACCGGCUGUCUCUUCCUUGUGCUCGCAAUGAUUAUAUUUAGACGAAAUUCAUAA